AUGGUCCACCGCCCGUUCAUCCGCAAGGCCAUCAAUAAUGUGUUCUACCGCUUCAUCUUUGAGACCGAGCGCCACAAUGGCAUUGGCGAGCUGCUUGAGAUUCUCGGCAGCAUAAUUAAUGGCUUUGCCCUGCCUAUGAAGGAGGAGCACAAGCUGUUCCUCAGCCGUGCGCUCAUCCCGCUGCACAAGCCCAAGUCUGUCGGAAUCUACCACCAGCAGCUGUCCUAUUGCAUUGUCCAGUUUGUCGAGAAGGACUACAAACUUGCCGAUGCGGUCAUCAGGGGUCUGCUCAAGUACUGGCCAGUCAUAAAUUGCCAGAAGGAGGUGCUGUUUUUGGGGGAGCUCGAGGAAGUGCUCGAGGCCACACAGCCUGCUGAGUUCCAGCGGUGCAUGGUGCCGCUGUUUAAGCAGAUAGGGCGCUGCCUUAACAGUGCCCAUUUCCAGUGUUUAUCCAGGUUUGAAUGUAAAUCUGCACCAUCUAGCUUAUGCCGAUCAGUUUGUUGGUGA